AAUAACUUUUCCGAUUGUUCGCACGAUAUACCUUUAUAUAUCACUCUCCAAUUGUAGAAAUACGACGGUCCGACAGCAGCUUGUUUGAGGACUUUUCACUUCGGUCAAAAUGUCUGUGGGCGUAUCCGGUUCACCGGAUGCACCAUCUGGUGGUGGCUGACUACUUUUUUUUUUUUCUCCUUAGGGGUGGUGGCUGCUAUUUUGCUUCAUAGCUCCCAGAACAGCCCACGAAAGCAUGGGAAUGUUGCGCGAGAAUUCCUGAGUAAACUUGACUUAAAGUGCGAUAUAAGUUGCUUUAAGUUUCACAGACGCUUCUACUCAUUCGAGGAGUUCUGCUCUACCACCGAGGGUCGUUAGCAGGAGUCUGUUGAGACAUUUCACCGGCGAGCAGUUCCGGACAAAGGAAAAGAGACUUGAGCUAACGUUAGCUGGCUCUGGGGCUAACUUAGCAUUCCUUUAGCUGCGACGCAAUGCAGGCCAUAAAGUGUGUCGUUGUCGGAGACGGUGCUGUGGGUAAGACCUGUCUGCUCAUCAGUUACACCACCAAUGCCUUUCCUGGAGAGUACAUCCCCACAGUGUUUGACAACUACUCUGCAAAUGUUAUGGUGGAUGGGAAGCCGGUAAACUUGGGCCUUUGGGAUACAGCAGGACAAGAAGACUAUGACAGACUCCGCCCACUUUCCUACCCUCAGACGGAUGUCUUCCUCAUCUGCUUUUCACUUGUGAGUCCUGCCUCAUUUGAAAACGUCCGUGCCAAGUGGUACCCUGAGGUGAGACACCAUUGUCCCAACACUCCCAUCAUUCUGGUGGGCACUAAACUGGAUUUGAGAGAUGACAAGGACACCAUGGAAAAGCUGAAGGAGAAAAAACUCUCCCCCAUUACCUAUCCCCAAGGCUUGGCCAUGGCUAAAGAAAUUGGUUCUGUCAAGUACUUGGAGUGCUCAGCCCUGACUCAACGUGGCCUUAAAACUGUGUUCGAUGAGGCCAUCCGGGCCGUCCUGUGCCCUCCACCCGUCAAGAAGAGGGGCAAGAAGUGCAGUCUUUUCUAAGACUGCCUGCAGUGAAAUGGUUACAGGGGAACAUGACCGCUAGUGGUGAGGGUGGCAAAAGACACAAGAGAAACACACCAGUAUACAAACAAAAACAAUGUACUUAAGAUUCUGUCCUUCCAUAUGUGUAGUUUCAGAUGUUUUCAUGAAAUAUUCAACUUGAGGUCAGAUUUAGGAGAAGGGUUUGGACUAUCAAAGACCCUAGUUCUAUGUAUACUGUAUAGACAAAACUGAAUUUCUUGAGGCCUUCUAAAAAUGGAUUGGAUGUUUUAUAAACUGGACUAGAAUGUCUUCAAUUUAUUCCACUUGCUGUCCACCUUUUUUUUUUUUCUUUUUACAUUCUUGUCAUUUUUUAUUUGAGUGGAAGAAAUAUUGCCAAAUACAUUCUGCACACAUGCUGUAUUUUAGCCGAAAAGAAAAUAUUUGUUCUGUCAUCUCAGAUCUUCAAAACUUUGAUCUGACAGCUUGCUAUUGGCUGUUGUGACCUGCUGUUUGUUCAGCUCCACGAUCAAUGCCAUUUUCAAGUCACGAGCUCACUUUCUCUUUUGUGAAGGCAGUCGAGUCAACCCGCUGUCAAGAAGGAGCAUAAAGAAACCAUCUGUGAAAUUCUGAUUGCCUCUAAUGACUGUUCAUGUACUAUAACCUCUUUGCCAGUAGUUUGUUUUCAGUAAUAGAACGAUCCACUACGCCUAAAACACACUGAGAAAAGAUCUACUGACACCAACAGUGCUAUUAAUCCCUGAAAGAUCUAAAGGAUCCAGUAUUUUCUUAAUUUCCUCCAAUUUGGAAAGUCAGGUUUAAGUUUUCUUCUUUCUUUGAAAUAUUCCCCUGGAUGUGUCUCAACUGAACAGCUGCCCGCGGUGCAAGGCUAAAAAAAACUUGACUAUGUUGGAACAAAAAUGUUCAGAUGUCUUGGUGAUGGGGAAGAGGAGCACCUUUAAUGCUCUGUGGGCAUUUAUCAGAUACCUUUUGUGCAGCACAUUUGAUUAUUUUUUUAAAGCAUCACUACUGGCUGAGCAAUGUAACUAAAAAGAGCUUCUAUACCUGCUAACAACGGUAACAAAGCUGCUGUCGGUUGUGGUGUAGUAUACUGUGUACUCAUCUUUUUGUUAUAAUCGUGAUUUGACUAUUUUGUAUCUUUCUUGGCAGAAGUUACACACACUCACUGUAUUGUUUAACUAACACUAUGAAUAUCCUUUUUGUUUAUUACCUCCUCAGUUAACGCUACCUUAAUCUCCCUAAAAGCCUAGCUUUUUGUAAUUAAUGCUGAUAGCAUGUCUGUGCAUCAUAUACUGAAAACUAAGAUUAGAAUGGCUACAGUUAUAUAUUUUUUUUUUGCCUAAUUACAAAAUGUAUUGGAACUACUAGAUCAGGGGUUAAGUACAUGUUGCUCAUCGGUAUUGUACUCGGACAUCAAGCUGUGCUUUUAUUCAAGCCAAUGUUGUGAUUCUUAAGUUUUAUGGAUAAAAGCUAUUGUCACUUUUUGAAAAGCCAAUAAAUUCAUGUAAAACA